CACACAGCGAUCGAUUAGGUAAAUUACGGAGUCUAUUCGGGUGACAUUUUCAUUUUAUUUCCGGACAUUAACCACCAAAUACUUUCGGGAACAACCAUACCGACGUGAAGUCAUGGCAGAGCUCGGCAUCAAAGCAGGGGACCAGGUGCUGCUGGUCUGGGCUCAGCCCUCGGCUCCAGCGGCCCUGAAGCGCUACGUGGAGGAACUGGACGCCGGCUGCCAAGUGUCCGUGGAGAACAUGGAGAGACUGCUGCUGUCCGCCCACCCGGCCUCCACCUUCCACUGGGUGCUGUCCUGCCUGCUGGCCGACAGCUGCUCCACCCACAGCGCGGAGGCUCUGGCCGAGAUGGCCCGAGUGCUCCGACCCGGAGGGAAGCUGGUUCUGGAGGAGGCAGUGACAGGAUCCGAGGCGCAGAGCGUGAGGACGGCGGGGAAGCUGGCGUCGGCGUUGAAGCUGUCCGGCUUCGUGUCGGUGACGGAGGUCAGUCAAGCGGACCUGAGUCCCGAGGCGCUGAGCUCCCUCAGGACCGCCACUGGUUACCAAGGCAACACUCUGUCUCGAGCGCGCGUGUCGGCCUCCAAGCCGGCCUUCGAGGUGGGAUCGUCCAGCCAGAUCAAACUUUCCUUCGGGAAGAAGACGGCAGAGAAACCAGCUCUGGAUCCCAACGCUGUCAAAAUGUGGACGCUGUCGGCCAACGACAUGGACGAUGAUGACGUGGACCUGGUGGACUCCGAUGCUCUGCUGGACGAGGACGACCUGAAGAAGCCAGACCCGGCGUCCCUUAAAGCCCCCACGUGUGGAGAAGGAGCCAACAAGAAAAAAGCCUGCAAGAACUGCACGUGUGGCCUCGCCGAUGAUCUGGAGGGUGAAGGACAGCCCAAGACUAACCUACCGAAGUCGGCCUGUGGCAGUUGUUACCUUGGCGACGCCUUCCGCUGUUCCAGCUGCCCGUACAUGGGCACGCCGGCCUUCAAGCCGGGGGAGAAGAUCGUGCUGGACAAGAAGACGCUGACGGACGCCUGAGACGCUGGACUACACACGCCACACGCCACACGGGACAUUCCUUUGCUUUCUGGCCGUUUCCUCUGCAGCAGCAGGUCGUGAGCUGCUUUUUGUUUUGAGGCUCGUCUCCUCUGCGAUGAUGUCAUGUUCACUUCUUCAUCUUAAUGUCUGGUUGAAGACGAGUGAGAUCUGAAGGAAAUGAGGUGCACCUUCAUCGCAGUUUGACUCCUGCUGUUGUAAAUGAGUUGCCGUGAAGGGGGCGGGGCUUAGUGCAGAAAACUGAUGUGCAUUUGUUUUCAUAUCUCACAUUUACAUUAUAAAGACAAUUAAACAUAACCGUCCAUCUCAUGA